AGCUUUAUAGCAACCGUUGCCCGGAGCUGCAGCGCCAUAGUCACCGUAGUCCUGGCGACUGUAACCCACCAACAAUAACAACAACAACCUCCUCCUGUCCGCUCCAUCCUUACCACCACCUUCCGACCAUCCUCAUCCUCAUCCUCACACCGAUCCAGGCGCCAUGCAGACCCCAGAGGCAGGCGCUGACUCCACCGUGUCCACCGUGCCCCUCCAGACCAGCGUGCCUGUGCAGCCUGCGGUCAGUGGCCAGCAGGUGGCGUCUCAGGUGCCCGUCCAGCAGCAGGCGCAGACUGUUCAACAGGUCCAGCAUGUGUAUCAAGCGCAGGUUCAGUAUGUUCAGGAGGAAAACAACGGCGUUUACACCAACGGAACCAUACGGGCGUACUCGUACUCGGAGCCGCAGCUCUACAACCAGAACAGCAGCGGGAGCUACUUCGACACGCAGGGCGGUGGCGGCGGCGCGGCGCAGGUCAGCACCGUAGUGUCCACUCACAGCAUGGCCAACAACGGCAACGGCACUGGCGCUCUGGCCAUGGGGCUCACCGGAGGGCAGAUCAUCAGCAGCUCAGGAGCUUAUCUGAUUGGAGGAAACUCCAUGGAUGGCUCCGCCCCUCACGGAGCCGCCCAGACCACCAGAGCCUCCCCUGCUACGAUUGAAAUGGCGAUUGAGACGCUCCAAAAGUCUGAAGGUUUAUCCAGUCAGAGAAGUUCGCUGCUCAACAGCCAUCUGCAGUGGCUGCUAGACAAUUACGAGACAGCAGAGGGCGUGAGUCUGCCGCGCUCCACCCUCUACAAUCACUACCUGCGCCACUGUCAGGAGCAGAAGCUGGACCCUGUCAAUGCUGCGUCCUUCGGGAAGCUCAUCCGCUCCAUCUUCAUGGGGCUGCGCACACGCCGCCUGGGGACACGAGGGAACUCGAAGUAUCAUUAUUAUGGGAUUCGUGUGAAGCCGGACUCUCCUCUGAACCGUUUGCAGGAGGACAUGCAGUACAUGGCGCUGAGGCAGCAACCCGUCCAGCAGAAGCAGAGAUUUAAGCCCGUGCAGAAGAUGGACGGAGUUUCAGGAGAUAACUUCAGCAGCGCUGGACAGCACACACCCAAUGCUGCAGAGCAGACCUUCAUCGCUCAGAGCCAACACCAUCAGCAGUUCCUGGAUGGCUCCAGAGCUCUGCCGGAGUUUGUUGAACUGGAUCUUGGAGAAGCAGUGGACGGCGUCGACCCGGAGGACGUCAAAGCCCUUCAGACGCUCUACAGAGAACACUGCGAGGCCAUCCUGGAUGUAGUGGUGAACCUGCAGUUCAAUCUGAUCGAGAACCUGUGGCAGACGUUCUGGCGCUAUUCUGCCUCCAGCUCUGUAGAGGGCGUCACAAUCACAGAAAACAGUGGUUUGAGUGAGAUCGAGGGCCGUCUGCCGCGGGCCAGGCUGAUUCUGCUGUGCCGACAUGAGGCCGUGCACAAGUGGAUGAACACCUGCGAUCACCUGAUGUAUCAGGCCCUCGUGGAGAUCCUCAUCCCGGACGUACUGAGACCCAUUCCUAGUGCCUUGACUCAAGCCAUCCGUAACUUUGCCAAAAGCCUUGAGGGCUGGCUCACCAACGCCAUGAGCAGCAUUCCCCCGAGGAUGAUCAAUACCAAGGUUUCCGCUGUUAGUGCCUUCGCUCAGACCCUCCGCAGAUACACGUCUCUGAAUCAUCUGGCGCAGGCGGCUCGCGCAGUCCUGCAGAACACCUCGCAGAUCAACCAGAUGCUCAGCGAUCUCAACCGGGUCGACUUCGCCAAUGUGCAGGAGCAGGCCUCAUGGGUGUGCCAGUGUGAAGAGGGUGUAGUCCAGCGCCUCGAGCAGGAUUUUAAGGCCACCCUCCAGCAGCAGAGCUCACUGGAGCAGUGGGCGGCCUGGCUGGAUAACGUGGUCACCCAGAUACUGAAGCCGUACGAGGAUAAGCCCACCCUGCCCAAAGCUGCACGCCAGUUCCUGCUCAAGUGGUCCUUCUACAGCUCUAUGGUCAUCAGGGAUCUGACCCUCCGCAGCGCUGCCAGCUUCGGCUCGUUCCACCUGAUCCGGCUGCUGUACGACGAGUACAUGUUCUACCUGGUGGAGCAUCGUGUCGCCCAGGCAACGGGAGAGACGGCCAUCGGAGUCAUGGGCGAGUUUCAGGACCUGAACACCAUGUCACCUGCCAACAUCGACAAAGAUGAGGUGAGUGAGAUGGACAGCGAUCUGGACGAGGAGAUGGAGGAGACGGACGAGCCACUGGCCAAGCGGGAGAAGGUAGAGGCGGAAGUGAUCCAGGUGCUGCAGGUGGGGGCGAUGGAGGACGGCAGCAGCGCGGUGGUGGGCAUCGUCCAGCCGAGCAUGCUCAACUCCCUGCCCCAGACCGCCAACAGUCACAGCGAACACAUCCUCAGCACCGGAACCAGCACCAUCCGCCAUGUGGGAAACACCUACGCAUCAGUCUGAGCAUCUGCAGCACCACUACCAUCUCCAUCUGUCCGCAAUCACAGAAUAUACACAUGAUGCUUCGUCCAACGGUGGGAUCAUCUGCAAACUCCCACAUAGCUGAUUGUAAAAGUGGAACGCCCUGAUGCUAACACACACACACACACACACACACACACACACACACACUGAAGUUGCUGAAGCUCAAAUCCACGCCACCGGAUCUAUCAGGGAAAUGUUGAGUCUGGAAAAAAAAAAUCAAAUACCAUUUGCCUAGUGGAUAUAUAUUUAUCACUUCUCUAUUACUGUACUGGUCAUUGUUUACAGUUUUGUUUAGAACACGUAAUUGGCCAAACGUUGCUUGCUGUUGAACUCUUUUGCUGUUUGGUUAGGGAGUGGACAGUCUCGCUGUAUAACUGUGCUGCUAUAAUGGAAGCAGGCUAGACCACGUGUAAUGAGCUCGCCUUUUCACCUUCUGCAGUCUGAGUGUUCCCGAUUGCCUUCUGUUUGUAGAUUUAGUCAUCUGGUAGCUGGAAGAGGAGUUGUUGCUUUAUUUUGUCGUUGUGUAUAUAUGCUGCAUGUGUGCGAACUGUGUUGUUGUGGCUGUUGGAGUUGUUAUAGUUUUUUUUGUUGUUGUUUUCCAACAGACUGGACCAAAAACACAAGAGUGAGAGACAAGCGGCUGUCCUGCGUUGCCUCUCGCGGUUGUGCGAUGUUGCAGAACAGAGCGAAUGUCAGGGAUUUUAUGUACCUCGGGUUCAUCUUAGUGCCUUAAACCCAAACAACAGCUUUUCAUUUGGUCUGAACUGCUGAAGCAACACUAGGAGGCCGUCAUGGGUUUCCUGAGAAGCAGAGGAUAUUCAGAAUCCGGCUGAUUUAUCACCUGUAUGAAAGUUUGGCUAGAAGUGCGCCUGGAUUUCUGCUCCCUUUCUGAAUGUGUGUGAAUCUGGCCGAGGUGUGUGUUUGUUGUUGUGGUGUUUGUAUCUUGUCGCCCUACCUCACGCUGGCACUGCCAGCCUUAGACACAUGUCUGUUGUGUGUCUUUUUUGCUGAUCCGUCGUUUUCGUUUAAUUUCUCAUUGCGAAAGUCAAUACUUGGACCAAAACAUUGGGUCUCAUUCACUAAAUGAGCAGUCCUUAGUUGGAAUUGCUUUACUUAAAACGUAACGUUUACUACUGAUGAUUUACUUAAGAUGAUUUUUCAUAAUUGAAACCUUUUGAUUUCUCCGUUGUGCAUGUGUAGAUGAUUUACCUGUAGAGCUAGGUUGUUGUUUGUUUACUUUAGUUUGAGGUUUAUCGAGUGUGAAACUGGAAAGAGGACGUGAAUCCGAUGUGUCAGGAUGGACAGUGUGUUCUGGGAAUUACAAUUAAGCUAAGAUUUUGAGAAGGGUAUAAACGGAGGUCGGAGCCAGCUCCAAGUGGGUGGAACUUGAACUCCAAGUGGGCUGUACAACCUCACGGUUACCUGUUGUGUUUCGUUAACGUCUACUACACCUACACCGACCUUGAACCCAACCUCACGGUAACGUGAUGUGUUUUAUUAACGUCUACUACACCUACCCCGAACCCAACCUCACGGUAACCUGUUGUGUUUGAUUAACGUCUACUACACCUACCCCGAACCCAACCUCACGGUAACCUGUUGUGUUUGAUUAACGUCUACUACACCUACACCGACCCCGAACCCAACCUCACGGUAACCUGUUGUGUUUGAUUAACGUCUACUACACCUACACCGACCCCAACCUCACGGUAACCUGUUGUGUUUUAUAAAUGUCUACUACACCGACCCCGAACCCAACCUCACGGUAACCUGUUGUGUUUGAUUAACGUCUACUACACCUACACCGACCCCAACCUCACGGUAACCUGUUGUGUUUUAUAAAUGUCUACUACACCGACCCCGAACCCAACCUCACGGUAACCUGUUGUGUUUUAUUAAUGUCUACUACACCUACACCGAUCCCAACCUCACGGUAACCUGUUGUGUUUGAUUAACGUCUACUACACCUACACCGACCCCAAACCCAACCUCACGGUAACCUGUUGUGUUUUAUUAAUGUCUACUACACCGACCCCGAACCCAACCUCACGGUAACCUGUUGUGUUUUAUUAAUGUCUACUACACCGACCCCGAACCCAACCUCACGGUAACCUGUUGUGUUUUAUUAAUGUCUACUACACUGACCCCUGAACCCAACCUCACGGUAACCUGUUGUGUUUUAUUAAUGUCUACUACACCUACACCGAUCCCAACCUCACGGUAACCUGUUGUGUUUUAUUAACGUCUACUACACCUACACCGACCCCAAACCCAACCUCACGGUAACCUGUUGUGUUUGAUUAACGUCUACUACACCUACACCGACCCCAAACCCAACCUCACGGUAACCUGUUGUGUUUUAUUAAUGUCUACUACACCGACCCCGAACCCAACCUCACGGUAACCUGUUGUGUUUUAUUAAUGUCUACUACACCGACCCCGAACCCAACCUCACGGUAACCUGUUGUGUUUUAUUAAUGUCUACUACACCGACCCCGAACCCAACCUCACGGUAACCUGUUGUGUUUUAUUAAUGUCUACUACACCGACCCCUGAACCCAACCUCACGGUAACCUGUUGUGUUUUAUUAAUGUCUACUACACCGACCCCGAACCCAACCUCACGGUAACCUGUUGUGUUUUAUUAAUGUCUACUACACUGACCCCUGAACCCAACCUCACGGUAACCUGUUGUGUUUUAUUAAUGUCUACUACACCUACACCGACCUCAUGGUAACCUGUUGUGUUUUAUUAACGUCUACUACACCUACCCCAAACUCAACCUCACGGUAACCUGAUGUGUUUUAUUAACAUCUACUACACCAACCCUAAACCGAACCUCUCGGUAACCUGUUGUGUUUGAUUAACGUCUACUACACCUACACCGACCCCAAACCCAACCUCACGGUAACCUGUUGUGUUUUAUUAAUGUCUACUACACCUACACCGACCUCAUGGUAACCUGUUGUGUUUUAUUAACGUCUACUACACCUACCCCAAACUCAACCUCACGGUAACCUGUUGUGUUUGAUUAACGUCUACUACACCUACACCGACCCCAAACCCAACCUCACGGUAACCUGUUGUGUUUUAUUAAUGUCUACUACACCUACACCGACCCCAAACCGAACCUCACGGUAACCUGUUGUGUUUUAUUAAUGUCUACUACACCUACACCAACCCCAACCUCACGGUAACCUGUUGUGUUUUAUUAAUGUCUACUACACCUACACCGACCCCAAACCGAACCUCACGGUAACCUGUUGUGUUUUAUUAAUGUCAACUACACCUACACCAACCCCAACCUCACGGUAACCUGUUGUGUUUUAUUAAUGUCUACUACACCUACCCCAAACUCAACCUCACGGUAACCUGUUGUGUUUUAUUAACGUCUACUACACCAACCCUAAACCGAACCUCACGGUAACCUGUUGUGUUUGAUUAACGUCUACUACACCUACACCGACCCCAAACCCAACCUCACGGUAACUUGUUGUGUUUUAUUAAUGUCUACUACACCUACACCAACCCCAACCUCACGGUAACCUGUUGUGUUUUAUAAAUGUCUACUACACCUACCCCAAACUCAACCUCACGGUAACCUGUUGUGUUUUAUUAACGUCUACUACACCAACCCUAAACCGAACCUCACGGUAACCUGUUGUGUUUGAUUAACGUCUACUACACCUACACCGACCCCAAACCCAACCUCACGGUAACCUGUUGUGUUUUAUUAACGUCUACUACACCUACACCAACCCCAACCUCACGGUAACCUGUUGUGUUUUAUUAACGUCUACUACACCUACACCAACCCCAACCUCACGGUAACCUGUUGUGUUUUAUUAACGUCUACUACACCUACACCGACCCCGAACCCAACCUCACAGUAACCUGAUGUGUUUUAUUAACGUCUACUACACCUACCCCGAACCCAACCUACUUGUGGUGUAAGUUCCUCUCUCAUGGAGGUCUCCGAGCUGCAGAUACCUACUUGAAGAUUUCAGCCUGGAUGAUGAUGAUUGUGUGUGUGCUCAACCUAUCGUCAAUCUCUGUACUAAAACACUGGAAUAUUGUAGUGGGACACUGAAAAUCAUUAUUUUUCUUCACUACUGACGUUUGAAACUUGACUGUGUGUGUGUGUGUGUGCGCAGAAGCUGUUUUAUGCUUUUGCAUCUUUUUUUAAUCUGUGUGUGUGUCUGUGUGUGUGUAUGAAUCCUAAUUUCCUCGUGGUUAUAAACUCUUAGCGUUGAUUUGGAGAGAUCGAGUGUCCGAGUUUCUGUGACGUGUGCAAUCUGUGAAAGUUUCCUUUCCAACCGCAGCUGAAGGAUUACUACUGAGAUUGUCAUUUUUGCUUGUUUUUGUACUUAGAAAGCGUAGAAGAAGAAGAAGCCGAUAAGAAGCGUUUGGUUUAGUUGAUCUGUCUCUGUGCCUGGACUACAGAUGGCUCUUCGCUAUUGGCUAGUUUAUUAGAUGUGUUGAUCCUGCGUGAUGACACUCAAAGUGCUUUGUUUUGGGUCUUGCAUGCCUUUUCUCGUGCUGCUACGCUAUCAUGAGUUCGCUUCUGUUUUUCCCGUGCCAGAAAGUAUACUUCAAUCCCUCAAGCCUGUUUCUUUCUUUGCCAAAAUGCAGAAAACUCUUUGAUUUAAAACAAAAAAAAGUCUCUGAAAUCAUGCAAGGACGCCUUUCUUUUCCUUUGGUUAAUAUCGUCUGCUGAAAUUUGCCGCAACCUUAAACUCUGGAUAUCAACGCAAGCUUUUCUAGGAAAAGAGACUUGCUUUUCUUGAUGAUAUCGACAUAUCAAGCGUGAAGGACUGACUUAAAGACUUCAGUGCCUUUUGAUUUCGUUUUCUUUUUCCACCAAGACCUCCAGAACCAGUUCAAGCCAAUGGACGGACGAACGGAGCACGUCUCCAAACACACACACACACACACACAUAUGCACACCCCUGUUUAAAGGCACCUGCUGAUCAAACGGUGACGUGAACGCGACCCUAUCAGGGGUUUGACCAAUAACAGCACUGCACUAUCAUCCUCCAGUUACUUUGGGUUUCUUUCUAUUGUACGUAAAGUGACAUGCUUGGUUUCAGUGUCGUCUUAUUUCAGGGCGGGGGGGGCUUAUUUUUGGGAUAUUUUAAGUGCCAUUUGACUGUUUACGUAGUGAGUCGUGGCCUGCUGUAGCGCGUUCAAAUGCAAGCACAAGCAUCGUGGUACUCUGAGGAAGGAAAACCCCCCUCAGAUCUGAAGUCCUAGAUGUAAAUAUUGAGAUAAAAUGGAAGGAUAUUUAUUUACAGUCCCUUACUUUUAUGCUGGUUUAAUGACAGAUAUGUUUGAAAGUGUAAAUUGUGCUAUUUCCCCCCUCCUCUCUGACUCUUUCUCUCUAUAAUUUCCGAUGAUGUACCUUACAUAUACAGUACAAAUGUAUUUUUUUUUCUUUUUCUUUUCUUGCGUGUCGUUCCGAUUUACCUCUUAGUAAAUUAUAUCCUCUGAGAAUUGGUAAAAAAAGCUUACUAAUAAGUGUAGAGUGAUUUGUAUUGUGUAUUUUACAUGAAGGAUAACAAAAACUGGGGAACUUUUAUAUUUAUAAAAUGAUAUAUUAACAUUUAGUGUGUCAAACACGAGGAAAAUAGAGGAAUUAUCCAAGACACAUGUAGUUUGUUUUUUCUGAAUAUUUCAGACUUGAGCUCAGGCUAGCUUAUUAGUGUUGUUUUCUUAAAGAUUUGUGGCUUGUCUUUCA